UAUAAACCGAGCUUCCUCCGCUACCCCACCAGCCCCGCCAAGAAACAUGAUGAAAAAGUGAUCCCAAAACAAGAAACAAAUCAACAUGAAAAACAAGUUUCUCUUACUCUUUCUCUUCUUCUCUUGCCACUAUAUCUCCUCCUUCUCUGAGGUGGAUGAAGCGUCGCUUCUUCUGUCGAUCAAAGCAGCCCUCUUCGACCCACUGGAUCAUCUCGGAGACUGGAAAUCGCCCGAAAACCACUGCAGAUGGAGUGGAGUUGGGUGCGGCCACAAUGGCAUGGUUGAGAAUCUUCAUCUUUCACACAUGAAUCUCUCUGGUAGGCUGCCUGAUGCAAUCCAGGGAUUGACAAGCUUGAAGCAUCUCAACCUCAGCUGCAACGAAUUCGCCUCGCCAUUGCCCAACUCCUUCUCCAAUCUCACCGCACUCGAGAGCAUUGAUCUCAGCCAGAACUAUUUCAUCGAUGCAUUCCCCGGGCUGGCCGCCGGGCUGGUGGCUGUGAACGCCUCCGGGAACAACUUCUCCGGCCCCCUCCCCGACGAUCUCGGCAAUGCCACCUUGCUGGAGAGCCUCGACCUUAGAGGGAACUUCUUCCAAGGCUCAAUUCCUAGAAGCUACAAGAAUUUGGGGAGUUUGAGGUUUCUCGGCCUCUCCGGGAAUAAUCUGACGGGCGAGAUUCCGGCAGAGCUAGGCGCGAUGGCCUCGCUCGAGACCAUGAUUCUCGGAUACAAUGCCUUUGAUGGAGGGAUUCCCGCCGACUUGGGCAAUCUCACCAAUCUCAAGUAUUUAGACAUUGCCAUUGCCAACCUCAGCGGCCCGAUUCCACCGGAAAUGGGGCGGCUGAAGCAGCUCACUACAAUUUUCCUGUACCAAAACAAUCUCCAAGGGAAGAUUCCGGCUGAGAUGGGCAACUUGACGGAACUGCAAUUCCUAGACGUGUCCGACAACAUGCUGUCGGGGCAGAUUCCGGCAGAGAUAGGGCAGCUGAAGAAUCUACGGCUGCUGAAUCUGAUGUCGAAUCAGUUAACUGGGUGGGUCCCACCCGGCAUUGCCGAGUUGGAUCAGCUUCAAGUGCUUGAGCUCUGGAACAACACACUGUCAGGCGCUCUGCCGCCUGAUCUCGGCAGGAACGCGCCUCUCCAAUGGCUCGACGUCUCAUCCAAUAUGCUGUCGGGUCCGAUCCCGAGUGGGUUGUGCGAUGCAGGCAACCUCACUAAGCUCAUCCUCUUCAACAACGCCUUCACCGGUUCAAUUCCAGAAGCUCUGUCGAGUUGCGGAUCACUGGUUCGCCUUCGGAUGCACAACAAUCGCCUCUCCGGCGCCAUCCCUUUCGGUUUCGGGAGGCUAGGCAAGCUGCAGAGGCUGGAGCUCGCCAACAACAGUCUCACCGGCCAGAUCCCUGCCGAUCUUGCUGCUUCUACUUCACUUUCUUUCAUCGAUCUCUCCAGAAACCAACUCCGAUCGCCGCUCUCAUCCUCCAUUCUCUCCAUCCCGACUCUCCAAAGCUUCAUCGCCUCGGGCAAUAGGUUGUUCGGACAAAUCCCGAAUCAGUUCCAGGAGUGCCGUGAACUCUCAGUGCUGGAUCUUUCCUCCAACACUUUGAGCGGUGACAUUCCGUCGAGCAUUGCUUCGUGCGAGAGGCUGGUGACUCUCAAUCUGCGAAACAAUGGGUUAACAGGUUCCAUCCCAUGGCAGAUAGCUAUGAUGCCUACGUUAGCCGUUCUUGAUCUAUCAAACAACUCUCUCACGGGAGGAAUCCCUGAGAAUUUCGGCAACUCCCCGGCUUUGGAAUCGAUCAACGUUUCCUACAACAAGCUCCAAGGCCCCGUGCCGUCCAACGGCAUGCUCAGAACGAUCAACCCCGACGAUCUUGCAGGCAACGCCGGCCUAUGCGGCGGCGUGCUGCCUCCUUGCCCUCACCUGCAGCGAGCAGAUCACCGGCCGGUGCAAAACACAUUAAUUGGGGGAUGGAUUAUUGGGAUUUCGACGAUGUUGGUGGCGAUUGCGCGGGCCGUGGGAGCACGAUCCGUGUACCUAAAAUGGCGGGAAGGGAGGUGUUUCGAGGCUGAGAUUGAGAAGGGCGAGGGGGAAUGGCCUUGGAGACUGAUGGCGUUCCAGAGGCUGGGAUUCAACAGCGGCGACAUUCUCUCGUGCAUCAAGGAGUCGAAUGUGAUAGGGAUGGGGGCGGCGGGGACGGUGUACAGAGCGGAGAUACAGAGGCUGGGGACGACGGUGGCAGUGAAGAAGCUGUGGCGGUCGAGCGAUGAUCUGGAGAUGGGAGGCAGCGGGGAGCUGGUCGGAGAAGUUAAGCUGCUGGCGAGGCUGAGGCACCGCAACAUAGUGAGGCUGGUGGGGUUCCUUCACAACGAGAGCGAGGCGAUGAUAAUCUGCGAGUUCAUGCAGAAUGGGAACGUGGGAGAGGCCUUGCAAGGGAAGCUGGUGGAGUGGGUGUCCAGGUACAACAUAGCCGUCGGGGUGGCGCAGGGGCUGGCGUAUCUCCACCACGACUGCCAUCCGCCGGUCAUCCACCGCGACGUCAAGUCCAGCAACAUCCUGCUGGACGAGCAUCUCCAGCCCCGGAUUGCUGAUUUCGGGCUGGCCAAGCUGGUCGUGGGGAAGAAUGAAACGGUUUCAAUGGUGGCAGGCUCGUAUGGCUACAUAGCCCCGGAAUACGGGUACACCCUGAAAGUGGAUGAGAAGAGCGACGUGUACAGCUACGGAGUAGUCCUGAUGGAGCUGGUGACGGGGAAGAAGGCGGUGGAGGCGGAGUUCGGGGAGGCGGUGGAUAUUGUAGGAUGGGUGAGAGGGAAGCGGAAGGUGGAGGAAGCUCUGGAUCCAAGUGUGGGGAACACCAAAGACGCUCAAGAAGAAAUGGUGUUGGUUCUCAGAAUUGCUCUUCUCUGCACGGCCAAGCUUCCCAAGGACAGACCUACCAUGAGAGACGUCUUAAGCAUGCUCGCAGAGGCCAAGCCGCGCUCCACCAAAACCGCUGCUAUUCACAACCCAGUCUUCACCUCUUCCACCUUUCAUUUCUAACUUAAAUCACUUCCUUUCUUAUCUAUCUUUUGCUCCUUUUCUUUUGGGGGGAGUUUUGUAUUUAAAAUUAGGAUCACAACAAAUACAGGCAUAUCUUCUUCUUCUUCUUUUUAAAGUAGUUUGUAAGAUAAAAAGAAAGAUGAGAAUUGAUCAGAUGCCAAGGAACAAGCAUAUCCUCCCAGCCA